CUCGGGUUCCUGAGAGCCGUCACUUCGUACCUACCACCUCCUUGCAACUCGCUCGCAAGGUGUCCGCUUACUGCUGCGCGUGCGCCGUCGCUGAACCACCUCAAACAAACAGCUACAAUGGGCGGCAUGGAGGAAAUGCAAACCGCGAUGGUCAAUCGCUCCAUCAGGACCAUCAAAGCAGAACUCGAAUACCUAUGCGAUGCUUCGAUCAUCUCCCCACAGACACUGAACGACCUUCUUCAAAAAAUCCCCUCACAGACAGCUCUACACGCUCCCAUAUCGGUCGGUGCGCUGCCAUCAGCAGUUGAGGCGGCUAGGGCACAGCAAGUUCCUCCUACAGAACCUAUGGCCAACCUGAAUGUGAACGGAAACGGCGCGCACGACGAAAAGAGUGGCUUCUACCAGCCCACACCUUCACCACAACCCCCGCCAUACCAACAACAGAGUGUACCUCCACCUCCGCCAGCAGCGAACUUCCCGCCUCUUGCACAAGCUACUGCGUUAUAUGUCUACAAGUCAGAGGAUGCUGGCGACUUGGCCCUGCAGCCGAACGACCACAUUACAGUAACUGAAUACAUGAACGCCGAAUGGUGGAAGGGACGGAACACGCGAACUGGGCAGGAAGGUAUCUUCCCGCGCAGCUACGUUCAAGUCGUCGACGACAAGGGCGCGCCACCUGGAGGACCUCCGGCUCCCAACUAUGGCAACAACUACGGCAACAUGCCUCUUGAAACGAGUCAAAUGGGCAACGGCGAGGGCAAGGUGCCGGGCAAAGGACAGGAAAUGGGCAAGAAGUUUGGAAAGAAGCUGGGCAAUGCGGCCAUUUUCGGAGCCGGUGCCACGAUUGGUGGCAACAUUGUCAAUUCCAUCUUUUAAGGGACGUUGGGCCAUAUCAUAUUUGUGCGCGCAUUUCAGGCUUUCGGAAACCAGCAUGCAUUGAAAAUGACGAGCUGGCGCCAGUGGGCGCAGGGCUACAGUCUGCAUUUAGAUCAUACCGACAGGCUUUCACUCUGCAGAUAGGGGUCGUGAUGAAUCUCAGUUAGUCGGCGCAGGAAGUGCUAUACUAUGCAUCCAGA